AUGACGCGACCCCUGAUGAGACCAGAGUGCCUGCAGGCAAGGCAGGCAAAUGCGCUGCUCCCUGCUUUUAUCACGCUCUGCUCGUUGCUGCUGGUGAUGCCGUUCAUCAGCGUCGGAAAGGUGACAAUGGUGGAGGAUCGUGAGGGCGCGUUUCACAUCAACACGAGUGAUCCAUCGAACCAGCCCGUGUUCGUGAACGGCAUGAACGUAAACAAGCUGUUCCAAACAGUGGACACGCUGCUCAGUACCGUGUCGGUGCAGCAGAGCAUCAAUGCCGCGCAGCAGAGCGCCAUCUCGGCGCAGCAGAGCACCAUCGAUAGUGUGGACGGCAAAGCGUGCGCCCCAAACGCCAGCACGUUUGGGCAACUCGGCUCAAUGGCUGGAAAGUGGCUUGGGGGUGUGCUGGCGAACACUGGCCUGAUCUACGCCACACCAUACGUCUCGCCUUCCGUGCUCAUCAUCGACCCGGGCACCAACACCGUUGAUGCGACCACAAUUGCCGGACUGGGAAACGGACGACCGCAAGUGGUCCGAUGCUACCGGGAGACGAUGCUCAUCGUCGACCCAGACACCAACAUCACUGACACUACAAGCAUUGACUCUCUUGGUACUGGUAGCUUCAAGUGGUGGGGCGCCGUGGCGGCCAGCAACGGCCUUAUCUUCGGCAUCCCAUUCUCUGCCACGUCUGUGCUGAUCAUUGAUCCUGAGACCAACACAGCAGACAUCACGACGCUGUCCGGGCUGUCGAGCCAAGUGCACAAGUGGUCCAGCGGCGUGCAGGCGGACAACGGCCUCAUCUACUGCAUCCCCUUCUUGUCUUCCUCCGUGCUCAUCAUCAAUCCCGAGUCCUUCGCGAUGAACGUCACGACGAUUCGGCGUCUUGGCGGAGAUUUCAAGUGGUAUGACGGCGUACUUGCGAGCAAUGGUCUCAUUUACACUUUGCCAUCUCCCUCCGGAACGACGCUCGUCAUCGACCCCGCCACAAACGCCACCAACGAGCUCGUUGUUGCAAGUGGACCGGGGGUUUUCCAGUGGAUUAACGGCGUGCUCGCACCCAACGGCAACAUCGUCGGCGUCCCAUACAACUCUUCAUCUGUUUUCAUCUUCGAUCCAACCACCAACACCAGCGACACCACAACCAUAAGCGAUCUUUCUGGGUCUUUCGAAUGGAUAAGUGGUGUACUCGCUCCAAAUGGUCUCAUCUACAGCAUUCCAUUUGACUCUGAGUCGGUCCUCCUCAUCGAUCCGGGAUGCUGA